AUGGACGACUCGACUCCAGCACCAGUGCAGCCACCCCAGCAGCACCCCAAACGCCCUCGCGUGGCCGAAGAGAAUCGCAAACGAGCUGUCCGAGCGUGUGACGGCUGUCGCAGAGUGAAAGAGAAAUGCGAGGGCGGUGUACCCUGUCGCCGAUGUCUUCGCUAUCGCAGGCAGUGUAUCUUUACACAUAUAGAUCCUGCUGAGAAGAGUCGAUCGGCUUCUGUCUCGCUGCUCGAGAGAGCUGCGUCGCUGAGUCGGCAUGAUAUCCAAGAGGCAGAGCGGGUGCGCUAUAUGGAGCGUAUUUUAUCGUACUAUGUUCCCAACAUCACCUUCGAUAUCCAGUCUUUGCGCCAGGCUGCGGAAGAUUUGAAAAGCAAGCAUCGUGAUUCGGAGUCGGAUGUACUCUCGAUGAAAGCCGAUGCGAAUGAUUUGGAAGACUUGGCAAUUGAUGAAGAGGACUUUACAAUCAAAGCUCUGCCCGACAAUACGACUCAAUAUUCUGGGGAGUUCUCCUAUCUCAAUUUCUCCAAUAAAAUUCGAAAGAAGAUUGACGAGUGGAUGAAGACGGCAGCACCAGAAGCUUCUACCGAAGUUGAACCAUUUGAAGACCGAUGGCGGGCCACUCAACUUCAAUCCGGAUCUUCAUUAGUCUCAGCGUCGAUUACGUGUCUCCCUCCACGCUACGUGGCAGACUUCCUGGUCCAGAUCUUCUUUAAAUAUGCACAGACAAAUAACUUCUACGUCGAAGAGGACUGGCUUCAGGACAAAGUGAAUAUCUGUUAUACUAAUCCAUCCAGUCUGUCUUCUGACGACGCGGGCGCAGUAUGUGCUCUACUGAUGGUCUUGGCUGUUGGUACACAAUUUGCACAUAUGGAAUCGACCACUCCAGUGAAUCGCCCACCUCCAGCUGCCAACACUGAUCAAGACCACCAUUUCUCCGAGGAUGAGGUCGGUCUCACAUUCUACCAAUUCGCCUCCAAGUUGUUACCGGAUAUCAUUGCAACAGCCUCGGUGCGAAGUGUACAAGCUUGUCUGUUGAUUGGCACGUACCUGCUUCCUCUCGAUACUUCGGGCCUCUGCUACACCUACUUUGGGUUGGCUUUGAAAUUGGCAAUUCAAAACGGCAUGCAUAGAAGAUACCAUGGCGAAGGCCUCUCGCCUCGAAUGAUCGAAACACGAAACCGAGUGUUUUGGACUGCUUACACCAUCGAAAAACGCAUCAGCAUUCUGCACGGCCGGCCGGCGUCCCUAGCGGAUGGGGAUGUUGAUGCACCGCUUCCUGUGGAUUUCCCUGGGAUCAUGCCAGCAACUCAACAGUCAAAUCAUACAAACAUGAUAGCCUUGAUUACGCUCACUCUAAAACUUGGAGAAGUCUCCAAUGAGAUUUCAUCGCUGCGGACUUGUCGGAAGGGGCAACAGCAAGACUGUCUUGAACGACUACUCAACAUUCGGAAACACUUGGUAGAAUGGUGGUCAACCCUCCCAGAAGAGACAAAUUGUCGUGAUCUCAACCCAAGUGGACCAUUAUUCCGGUCUAAUGUUCACCUUAAGCUUGAUUACUGCCUUACUCGAAUCUUCAUUGGACGCCCCUUCCUCUUCAGCAACAUCAAGGGCCUGUACCAGACCCCUUCUCAUGCCGCCACGUUAAAGGGCCCGUCUGGGAUGAUGGCAAAGAAUCGAGCUACACUUGUCACAGACUGUGUCGAGGCAGCUCUGGAAAUUAUUGAUCUGUGUCGCCUUCUUCGAGACGAAACUGGCCUGGCGCGCGCCUCGUUCACUGAAUUCAGUUCAUGUCGCGCAGCUCUCCUAGUCAUCUUAGCUCAAGGGUUGACUAAACGCACUGAGCGUCUUGGUGCUGCGCUCGACCAAGGCAUUUCCCUGAUUAAAAUCAUGUCCAUGGGUGUUGGAUCCGCACGUUCAGCUGUGAGUGUCAUCGAGGCCCUUGAGCGAGCCAUUCGACGUCUUGAGCUCUGGAGUGAAUCCCAUCAAUCACAAAGCAACGGUGGCAGCAUUGAAUCCGCCUACGACCGCUUCAAGAACUGGGAAAUGCUCUGGAAAACCGGACCAGUCUCACCUACAACCAUGGCAUGGAAGCAAGAGGCGUAUGCCAACGAUCCCGCUAUGCAGCAUGGCAUGAACCACCAAGUCCCCGACUCGUCCGUGGCGGACUCCGUUAUGCCAGGUGUGCCCAUCACGCCUCCGGUUUUGCCGCCAAAUAGUGCACAUGACUCCCAUGCAGCGCUAGGUAGCCAUGAGCACGAGAUCCUUGAAAGUGAUAUGGCGGGCAGUAGUAUUUCCAUUCCAGAUAACUACUCUGUCUCCCAUCAAUCCCUUUCACAGAUGCCUCAUUUCGGCUUUGACCACUUUGUCUCGAACUUUCCCCAAGAGCUGGGUGAGUUCACGGCUAUUCCAUGCUUUGAGCCUGAUGCGCAGGGAAAUCCGGCCGGUAUGCCUGUUGGUACUGAGUUGAAGACCCCUGGCAGUACAGAUUCGCAUUGGUUGCAAUUUAUGAACGAGUGA